GUUAGAUCGAUCUAUCUUCCACAGAUCCCUUCCCUCUCUUCCCUGUUUCUCUGGUCAAACUGUUCCUAAAAAAUUGAACUCUUCAUACUCCUUAUCGUAUUCUGCUUCUCUAGUGGGAUAAGAAUUAUCACUAUCAGCAAACAAUACAGAAAAGACUAAGAAACAUGAUGCCGGAACGAGCUAAUCUGCACAUAGCCUUAACCUUUUUGCAAUUUUGUUAUGCAGGAAAUCAUAUAUUUGUGAGCAUUGCACUUGAUACAGGAGUAAGCAAGCUUAUAUUUGCUCUCUAUAGAAACAUCAUCGCCUUGGUUCUUCUGGGUCCACUCGCGUAUUUUUCAGAGAAGAAAGAUAGGCCAUCAAUAACCACUUACUGUGUGGUACACUUUUUCCUACUUGGACUUGUUGGAAUAACAAUGAAAGAAGGAUUCUACCUCUUGGGUUUGGAGAAAACUUCACCUACGUUUGCCGCUACUAUGCAGAAUUCAGUUCCUGCCCUCACUUUUCUGAUGGCUGCACUACUCAGAUAUGAGAGCGUUCACUUCAAUAGAAUUGAUGGUGUGGCUAAGGUCCUUGGUGUCCUUGCUUCUGUCGGUGGAGCUACAGUCAUUACCCUUUACAAGGGACCUGUUAUUUAUUCUCCGCGUUUAGGAUAUAAUCAGGAACAAUACUUGUCUAUGAUGGGGGAUACCCCAGGAAAGAACUGGAACUUGGGUGGCAUCUAUCUCUUCAGUCACUCCUUAAGUUGGUCUGGUUGGAUUGUGAUGCAAGCAUUUGUUCUGAAAAGAUACUCAGCCCCGCUCACAGUUUCUGCAUUUACGUGCUUCUUUGGUGUUGUGCAGUUUUUGACAAUUGCAGCUUUUUUUGAGAAGGAUUCCAAAGCCUGGCAGUUCAAUUCUAGUACAGAAAUCUACAGUGUUUUGUUUUCGGGAGUGGUGACUUCAGGGCUGGCAUCAGCAAUACAGAUAUGGACUAUUGGCAAAGGAGGGCCAGUUCUUGCUUCAAUUUAUCUACCUUUACAAACAUUGCUAGUAGCUGUGAUGGCAUCUAUUAUUUUCGGUGAAAAAUUCUUCUUGGGAGGGAUUAUUGGAGCAUUCUUAAUCAUAUUGGGUUUGUAUCUUGUUGUAUGGGGAAGAAGUCAAGAAACCAAGACUAUCAAAGAGGUCAUAGUCCCCCUUGAUUCCAAGAAUCACUGGGAAGAAAGGAGUGACGCUUUUUCUCUUAAACAACCAUUGAUUACUGCACAAAGCUCUUAGAAGUAAUGGGAGAAGAAAUUAAUAUGAUUAUAAAAAUGUAAAUGUCACUUAUGGCAUGACCACGUGUUGCAAUAUUUCUUCCCUAUUAUUAGUUGUUUCGUUACUACUUUUGGCAACAUGUGCUAUUAUAUUUUA